GACACAUCGUGCAGAGCUUAGAUGGACUUGGUCCUGAAUGGCGACUCACAACUGACCUGAAAGACUUGAGGGAAGCUGUCAAAGAAGAAAUGGAUGUGUUUGGUGGUGCGCCACGCUUCUUAGCCUACCCAAGACCUGUAGUGGUCCAAAGUGGGACUGAUGCAGUUCUUAAGUGUCAGAUCGGAGGUGAUCCACGACCUGCUGUUAUCUGGGAGCGAAACAACGAAAAGAUUGACCCUCAUGGACGAUACAGGGUUUUUGAAGACGGGAAUGUUUACAACCUAAUCAUUACAGCUGUUACUAUCGAGGACAGUGGCCAAUACAUUUGCAAAGCUAAGAAUAGCAUCGGGGAAACAUAUGCAGCCGCCACCCUAAAGGUAGAGGGUGAGGCUCAGGAAUUGGAGCUUAGAGAGGAAAAUAAGCCCCGUUUCCUCAUUAAGCCUCUUUCAACUCGUGUUGGACGUGGGGAAGAUGCUGUCUUCUCCUGCAAGCUUUGGGGAAACCCACGACCAGAAGUCGUCUGGGAAAAAGAUGGCAGAAAACUCAACGAAAUAUUUGAGAGCACACAUUUCAGUGUGGGCUACCAGGAUGGAGGAUGGUUUCAGCUUAAGAUCUUUAAGACUCGAGCUCCGGACGGUGGGGUGUAUACCUGUAAGGCUCGAAAUGAGUUCGGGGAAGCACUUGCAGGAGCUGUGUUGCUUGUCGAUGCAGGUCCUGGACAUGAAGAAGAAGGAAACCGUAAUGGCUACACCAAUGGACAUUGGAAAGGCCAUCAAGGAAAACAAAGGAUAGGUAGACAAGUGCCAACUCGGCUAAAGGAUGACGGAUUGACAAAAUCUACUAAAGUAAAAAUGUUUGCUGUGACUGAGGGGAAGCAUGCCAAGUUCCGAUGCUUUGUUACUGGAAAACCCAAACCAGAAAUAAUCUGGAGAAAAGACGGUAGACUUAUUCUCUCUGGAAGGCGUUACUUGUUAUAUGAAGACAGAGAGGGGUACUUCACACUCAAAGUUCUGUACUGCAAGCAAAAGGAUAAUGGAGUUUAUGUCUGUGCUGCAUCAAAUACUGCAGGGCAAACUCUCAGUGCUGUACAUCUCUCUGUCAAGGAGCCACCUGUCCGGUUUAAGCAACCUCUCUAUGACCUUGAAGUUUGGGAACGGGAUUUAGCUGUUUUAGAGUGUGAAGUUCCAGAAGACUCUGUUCCAAUCACAUGGUAUCUAGAGGACCGACGACUGCAGCCAGGGGCCAAAUAUGGAAUGGAGGAGUGGGGAACAAAACGAAGAUUGACAAUCCGUGACAUUGGAGUUGAUGAUGAUGGAAUUUACCUCUGUGAGAUGCCUGAUGGUGGUAGAAGUAUAGCAGAGGUGGCUGUGAAAGGUACCAUUUUGCGAAAGCUUCCAAGGAAAGUGGAUGUCUUGGAAGGUGAAAAUGCAGCCUUUUGUGUGGAAGUGGAAAAAGAAGAAAUGGACAUACAUUGGUACAAGGAUGGCAUUGAGCUUCGUGAAACCCAUCAGACAAUUCUUAAGUCUUUUGGUCGAACUCACAUUCUGGUUUUUGUCAAUACAAUGCCCCAAGACUCUGGCCUUGUGACCUUUCUUGUUGGCAGGUCCAAGACAUCAUCUCAGUUAAGAGUGAAAGCGGCCCGUCAUUGUCCUCCAAGUUGUCCGGUGGGAGUUCAGAUCAACACAGAGCGUGCUAAUGCAGCUCUUCUCUCAUGGGUUCCUGCUCCAGAUUCACGAAAGAACCCCCCAUCUGGUUAUGUGCUUGAACGACAAGAAGUAGGCACUGGUUCACAAGAGUGGCUGCAGUGUCUGACCACUGACUCUGCAACCUCAGUGGAGAUCCUUGGUGACAGUGUUCCAUGUGAAGCAGACUAUCGUUUUCGCAUUUGUAGUGUAAAUAAAUAUGGAAAAAGCAAUAAUGUUGAGUUUCCAAGAACUGUUCACCUAGUUCCUGUAGCCAGAAUUCAAGCUCCUUUACAGGAUGCCUUGGUGCCAGAGGGACAAGAUGCUGUUUUCACCAUUGAGCUUUCUGCUUCGGUUAUUGGUACAUGGUUCUUAAAUGGUACGCAGCUUCAAGAUGAUGAGCGUUACUCUGUCCGCCGCUCAAGAACACACCAGUCACUUCGUAUUCGAGGAGUACGUGAUACAGACAAUGGAGCGGAGAUAACAUUCAUUGCUUAUGGCAUCCGAGAUUCAGCAGCCCUGUACAUCCAAGCUCCUCUGGUUAAGUUCUCACCACUGUCCGAAAUGGAUCGAAACAAGUUUGUAGAGGUUGGCAACCCGAUUGUGCUCUACUGUGAGCUCUCAGACAGUGCUGCUCCAGUUAACUGGUACAAGAACGGCAUUGAGUUAAAAAGUAUGGAAGGUCUCCAUAUUCAAUCUGAAGGCACAAUGAGACGAAUUGUCAUCCAGUCUGCAGAUUUCUCACACUCAGGAGUGUACUGCUGUGAUGCUAUUGAUGACGUAAUCAGGUUUAACGUUGAAGUCGAGGCCCCACCCGUAAGGUUUUCAGCAGUACCAGACUCCGAAAGGAACAAAACUAUCCAAGCAGGCUGGCCAUUUGUUUUACAGUGUGAGCUCUCAGAUCCCUCUGCCCAGGUGCACUGGUACAAAGAUGGAUCAAAACUCCAUCAUCAAAAUGGAGUAGAAGUUAAAGCUGAAGGCUUAAUGAGGAAACUGGCUGUCCAUUCAGCAGAAGUUGCACACUCUGGCUUGUACUGCUGCAAGACAAAGGGUGAUGCCAUCACUUUCAGUGUGGAAAUCACAGCUCCACCAAUGAAGUUCUCAGCUAUUCCUGAAGAUAUGAAGAUCAAGUUGAUCGAGGCUGGCAGCCCUAUAGUACUCCAGUGUGUGGUGUUGGAUCCUGAAGCCCAGGUUUGCUGGUACAAGGAUGAAAGGAAGCUUAUAUCCACCUUUGGAGUAGAAAUCCAUUCAGUGGGAAACACAAGAACAUUAGUUAUUCAGUCUGCAGAGCUCUCCCACUCUGGUUUGUACAGAUGUGCCACACAGGAUGAUACCGUGGAUUUUCAAGUGGAGAUCAAAGCUCAACCUGUGACAUACUCAACUAUCUUUGAUGGUGAGAGAGCCGAGUCACUUGAAGUGAGCAAACCUCUGAAGCUGGGAUGUGAGGUUGCAGACUCCACUGUCCAGGUCUGCCGGAAUAAAGAUGGUAAAAAGCUCUACCCGCAAAAGGGUUGGAAUACAGAAAGUAAUGGCACGUCAACGGGACCCAUUUUCCCAUCCACUGAGCUCUUGAACUCAGGAAAAUGGUGCCAAACCACUGAUGCCACUAUCCACUUCUCUGUGGAUAAUAAAGCUCCAACAUUGCCUCGCCACCGGGAGGUUGGGGGGUCCCAGACUCUUGAGGAAACCUGUCCAAAAAAAACAGUUGGUGAAAGCUUAGACCCUGCAAGCCAGGUGUCAUGGCAAAGAGAUUCAGAAUCCUAUUCAAGCAUGAAAUAUGAUUUUGAAAUGGGAGACAUCAGAGAAGCACUUGUUGUUGAACCAGCUCAUCCUUCAAACUCUGGAGCAUACUAUUGCACAACAGCCAAUGAUGUGACCAAAUUAUUAGUAGACAAUCAAGUGUCCCCUCCAACAUAUAUACUUGACCCUGGAGAGAAGACCAGGUCAACUGAAGAACACUAUCCAAUUGUUCAGCAGUUUGAGAUUUCAGACCCUAUCGCUAAAGCUUGCUGGUACAAAGAUGGAACCCAGAUAUAUCCGAAAACAGAAGCUGGCAGUGAAGAGCACAGUCAAAUCUUGCCCCUUGGGUCCCAACACUUGUCUGAUAAUGACAGGUUUGGCUGUGAUGCAUCUGAUGGUGUACAGUUAAAAGAGGACAUGAAAGCAGGACAGUGUCACUCGGGUGACGAGAUUGGUGAUGUAGCUGAUGCAUCAGCCCAAAAGUCUAUGGAAGUCAAAGCUACAUCGCCAAGACUCUCUUCUGACCAAGAAAGGAACAAGUCUACAGAAGACGCGUACUCUGACCAAGAUAUCCAGAUGUCCUCAAAAUGCAACUCUGGCAUUUUCACUGGAAACGGGAGAAAUAAGUUUGAUGCUGAAUAUAUGCCAACCUCUCAGCCAACAAGUGAUUUUACUUUUGACUCCAGUACCAUGAAAUCCUGUCUUACAUUUAUGCACACUGAACUGGACUCAGAGGACUCAUCAAUGAAGAUAAACCACUCUGCAAAUAAGCCAACUAAGCAACUAGACUCAGGUAACCUCCAUAAGACUUUAAAUGCCAUGAUGGAGAGUUCAAGCAUCGCACAGGCUUCAACAGUACAAGAAGGCAACUUUUGUGCACUCUCAGAAAAUGGAACUCUUGAACAAGAGGAAUGGUUUGAACCCUUAAAAUAUUCAAAUGUGACAUCAGAGGAGACCUCACAUUCCAUACAGACCACUGCUCUCCAGCAAGAAAAGGCUUAUGGUUCCAUACAACUAUCAGCUGCUUUUCCAGGAAAACUUCUAGACAGUGCAUUGUCUAACAAUGUCCCGGUUUCAAGGCCCAAUAACUGUUUAAGGACAUCAUAUCACCAGUCAGAGGAGCCAAAUCCAGCCAAACACUCAUUUAUUGCACUCUCAGAGAAUUUGUUUAAUGCAACAUCCUUUGAUUUGUGUACGGAUAAUAAGCCUCAAAAUGUCCAAUAUGACCAUCUUAAGUCAACAUCAUAUGGCAAGUUGGACAAUCUUACUUACACAGAACAGACAGUAUCCAACCUUUCAGAGUUUCUAGGUCUGUCAAGUAAUCGAAAAACUGUCCAACAGCAUUGCAAAAACAUGGAGACAACUGAAGACCAAAUGGACCAGACAAGCAGCUAUGGUGAAAGUUCUACUACUUACUUUCCAGACCUUUCUAAUUCCAAACAGACUUCUACGGGACAGCCAGAGAUGAUGUUUCUCUCGAGAAAAAAUGACAGUCAUUGGAGUGACAGUGUAACUGCUAAUAAGGUGGCUUUUGAAGGUGACUUCAAUGCAUUCUCAACCCUGCCUGUGAGAAUCACAACACUUCCUGAGGCUGAGAAGAACAAGGCUGUUGAAGUUGGUGAGCCCAUUGAGCUACGAUGUGAAAUAUCUGAUCCUAACGCUCAAGUAACCUGGUUUAAGGAUGGAAUAGAAUUAUCAGAAGAUUCCAAGCAAACUAUGAUCACAGAGGGCUCCAUCAGAACAUUGGCAUUCCAGUCAGUGAUGCUGUCUGAUGCAGGGAUUUACUGCUGCAAGACAUCAGAUGAUUCAGUGGAGUUUUAUGUGGAUGUCAAAGCUCCUCCUUUGACAUUUGCAACUUUAUCUGAGGCUGACCAGAAAAUGACAGUAAUAGCUGGCUCUCCCAUAGCUCUACAAUGCGAGCUGUCAGACCCAUGUGGACAAGUCAAUUGGUACAAGGAUGGAAGAAAGCUGCUAGCUCAAAGUGGAGUAGACAUCCAGUCACAGGGAAAUUUGAGAAGUUUGGUUGUGCCAUCCGCUGAGCAAGCUCAUACUGGUGUGUACCGGUGCGAGUCAAAGGAUGAUGACAUCCAGUUCUCUCUGGAAGUAAAAGAACCUAUAGGACUACCUGUGAGGUUCUCAAAGCUGCUAGAGGAGGACAGGAACCGGUCCAUUGAAGAAGGGAAACCUAUUGUCCUUAACUGUGCACUCUCUCAUGACCCUUCAGCUCAUGUCGACUGGUAUAAGGAUGGCAUAAAACUCACUUCUGGGGACAAUAUGGAAAUUAAGUCAGAUGGUCUGUCAAGGACCCUACUCAUCCCAUCGGCUCAAAGCAUACAUGCUGGUAUCUAUGAGUGUUCAACAUCAGAUGACAGUAUUGCCUUUAAAGUGGACAUAAAAGGCCAAUCACCAAGGAUUUUGGCAAGCCCACUAUCAGAAAAAUACAAGCUGAUUAGAAUUGGUUCUCCAAUAAUCUUGCAGUGUGAGGUUUUAGACCCAGCUGCUCAAGUUUCAUGGUUAAAAAAUGAUGUGGAACUUUUUUCCAAAACAGGCCUUGAUAUGAAACGAGAUGGCACUCUGAGGAAGUUAAUAAUUCACUCAGCUAAGGUCUCUGAUUCUGGCCUCUACAGCUGUAGUCUUGUUGAUGAGGCUGUGACCUUCCAUGUGAACAUUGAAGCUACUCCUGUGAAGGUUUCAAAGCUACCAAAGGUUGCAAGAAACACAUUAGUAGGAACAAGCUGCCCAGUUAAGCUACAGUGUGAAGUCUCAGAGCCAGCUGCUCAAGUUUACUGGCAUAUAGACGGAGAACAACUUUUGGCAACAAGUGAAUAUGAAAUCCAAACGAGUGAAAAACUGGCAGCGCUGAUAACUCAGUCAGCAGAAGUCAGUCACUCUGGGUUUUACAGCUGUGAGGCUCCAGAUAACCACAUAAAUUUCAAGGUGGAUGUUGCAGCGCCGCCAGUAACAUUUGCGGAUGUCCCAGAGAAGGACCUUUUUCGUAGUGCUGUGGAACAAGAGCAGCUUGUUCUGUCAUGUGAAAUAUCAAGGACUGAUGGUGUUGUCCAGUGGUACAAAGAUGGGACUGAAAUACAACAAGGCAGUAAUAUCAGAAUGGAAGCAGACGGGGCAAAGAGGAAUCUGAUUAUAAGUUCAGCUCAACUGUCUGACAGCGGCACGUACACAUGCCGUACAGGAGAUAACAUUUUAAUAUUUAAGGUCACCAUCAGAGAGCCUCCUGUGAUGAUAGUCUACCCCAAGGAAGAUGUCCACCUUGACCGUCAUGUCCCUGAGGAAAUUAUUCUGAGCUGUGAACUGUCUCGUCCUAAUGGUGUUGUUGGCUGGUUUAAGGAUGGCCAGAAGCUUCAAGAGAGUGAGAACAUCAAGCUCAAGACAGAAGGCCCUUACCGAAGACUGAGGAUUUGUUCAAGUAGAGUUGAAGACUCUGGGGAAUAUGUCUGUGAUACAGCUGAUGAUUCAAUAUUCUUUCAUCUUAAUAUUACAGAACCUCCGGUGCAAAUUAUAUCCCCAAGUCAGUCCCAAAUGGAGCUGUGUCAGCAAACCUCUGAACGGAUGGUGCUGAGCUGUGAGAUCUCAAGGUCCAACGCUGUGGUGCGGUGGUAUAGAGACGGACUCGAGGUGGAGGAAAGUGAGAAUCUUAUUCUAGAGGUGGAUGGUGUCUACAGAAGACUUAUUAUACCUGAAACCACUGUCAAAGAUUCUGCAGAAUAUGUAUGUGACACAGGAGAUGAAUCUGUGACAUUCUUUGUUAACAUAGCAGAACCUCCUGUUCGUUUUAUACGCCCAAGGAAGAUUGCGAGCAGAGUUGAAAAAGUAGUUGGUGAGACUCUGGUUCUUGACUGUGAGGUUUCAAGAUCAAACGCUGAAGUAACAUGGAAGAAAAACGGGGAAGAAAUCGAGGACUCGAGAAAAGUCACAAUCCUUGAAGAUGGCAUCACACGUCAAUUGACUAUUCAUUCUGUAACACAGGAGGAUGCUGGCCAAUAUGUUUGUGAUGCAAAAGAUGAUGUUAUGGAUUUCAAUGUUAAAGUGCAAGAAUUGCCCGUAAAAAUUCUUGGUAAAUCUGAUGCAAAGACAGAAAAACAGUUUUUAGUUUCAGAUGAUAUUAUUCUAGUGUGUGAACUCUCAAAAGCCAAUGCAUCAGUCUGCUGGUACAAAGAUAACCAGCUUAUUGAUGACACCAAGAAAUACUGUUGCGAAGAGCAAGAUGUUUUUCGCUCCCUGGUUGUCCUUAAUGCAGGACUUCAAGAUUCAGGAGAGUAUACCUGUGAUGCAGGGGAUGAUAAGAUGUCUUUUAACAUCACUGUGAAAGAACCUCCAGUGCAGAUUAUUGGGAACUCAGGAAAUCCAGAGCAUCAUGUGAUGGUAGCCGGAGAUGAUCUUAUUCUGGAGUGUGAGGUGUCCAGACCGAAUGCAGUGGUUGAGUGGAUACGAAAUGGGGUGAUACUCAAACCUAGCAAUCGCAUAAAAAUCGAUAGCUAUGAUGUUGUGAGGAAGCUUGUCCUCUCUGGACUUCAGCCCUCAGACUCAGGAGAAUACAUCUGUAAUGCAAUGGAUGACAAGUUAGUCACAAUUGUGGAGGUACAAGACCUUCCAGCCAAGUUUAUUAAUAAAAAAGCAAAAAAUAAUAUCUCCGCCUAUGAAAAUGAGAGUGUCACACUGUGUGCCAUUGUGAGCGAUGAAAGAGCUAAUGUCCGUUGGCUGAAAGAUGGCCAGCUGUUGAAUGAGGACAACAUUCACAUCUCCAGUGAGGGUAAAACUCAUAAACUCACCAUUAAUCCUCUGCAGCUGUCGGAUUCUGGAGAAUAUGUCUGUGACAUAAGCACAGAUGAAAUGUAUUUCAGUCUUUUAGUCAAAGAAAUGAAGGUGAAAUUUAUUAAACGGCUAGAGGAUGUGGUGUCUCUGAGAGGUAAAAAUCUUACAUUACAAUGUGAGGUCAACAAGCCCAAAGGUGAUGUCCAGUGGCUUAAAGGUGGUAAAGAAGUAGCUCCCAGUCAACGAUACACAAUACGAGCACAAGGCAGAGAGCGAAGCUUGACCAUUCACCACCUAAUGGAUGAAGAUGCUGGAGAAUAUGUCUGUGAAUCUACAGACGAUCGAACAGUUGCCACUGUCAAAAUCGAAACCCCCCGUGUUGUCGAGUUCAUAGCUGAGCUUCGUAACAUCACCGUCUGUGAAGGGGAAGAUGCAAUCCUUAAGUGUGUGGUUUCACCAGCUGACACUAAGUUGGUUUGGCGCUUGAAUGGCAAGGAGAUGGCUGGAAAUGAGCGUACAGUCAUAUCCUGCAAUGGGCUGUGCCACAUGCUAUGCAUCAGCAACUGCAUGGUUUCAGAUAGUGGCAGGGUGACAGCUGAUGCAGAGGGGUUGGUGUCAGAAGCAGAGCUACAGGUCCAAGAGCAACAGGCGCUGUUUACGAAGAAAAUGACGGCAGUAGUAGCUGAAGAGUACGGUGAGGCAAUUCUCGAGGUGGAGGUGAGUCUAGAUACAGCAGACGUGCAGUGGAUGAGACAAGGGGUCCUGAUCCAUCCCGGGGCCAAGUACACCCUGAAACAAAAUGGCCUAAAUCACACCCUUACUAUUCAUAAAGUGACUCUGUCUGACCGAGGCACCUACAGCUGCGAAACUCUUCAUGACCGCACACAAGCCCAGCUCACCGUGGAGCCAAGAAAAGUCACAAUCAAGAGGGGGCUAACUGAUAUUAAAACAACAGAGAGAGAAACAGCAUCCUUUGAAGUGGAGCUCUCUCAUUCCAAUGUCCCAGGAACCUGGAUCAGAAAUGGAAUCCAGCUUAAGCCGACGAAUCACUUCCGUAUGAGCGCCAAAGGAGAAGUUCACAGCCUGACCAUCUCCAACCUUUCACUGGAAGACACGGGGACCUUUGUGUUCUCUGUAGAGAAUCUGAAAACCUCUGCGAGGCUUGUUGUGAAGGAGCCCCCAGUGACUAUCUUUAGGAAGCUGGAGAACCAGAGAGUCCCUGAUGGAUCUGUUAUCUCUUUCGAAUGUGAGCUGUCAAGACACAACGUUGAUGUCAAAUGGAUGAAGGAUGGGGUAGAAAUCAAGCCAAGCAAAGAUGUACGAAUUUAUGCAAUGGGAAGGAAACGCUUUCUUCAGAUAAUGAAGUGUAAUACCUGUGACUCUGGCAUGUACACGUGUGACGCUGGCGAUGCUUCUACGUCAUGCAGAGUGGAGAUCUACGAGCGUGAGCUACUGGUUCUGCAGGACCUUGAAGAUCUGGACAUCCAGGAAGAUCAGAAUGCUGUGUUUGUGUGUGAGAUCUCUGUAGAAGAUGUUCCAGGGGAAUGGUAUAAAAAUGGGGAGCUGAUACAACCUACCAGCACCAUCAAGAUCCGCCAGGAAGGAACAAAACACUUUCUUCUUAUGUGUAAUGUGCGACCAGAAGACUCUGGGGAGAUCAAGUUUGUUGCCAGAAGCGUUGAAUCUGUUGCUUACCUGGAAGUGGAAGAGCUUCCGGUCAACAUUGUAAAACCCCUGCAAGAUACGACUGCCCUUGAGAAGAGCCGUGUCAUCCUCGACUGCACGGUGUCGAACCCAAGAUGUAGCAUCCGCUGGUACAAAGGCAGCAAUGUUAUCCUGCCCUCUGAACGCUUUGAGAUCUCCAGCGAAGGCUGCUACCGCAAACUGAUCAUCCAGCAGGUGGCCUUGGACGAUGAAGGCACAUAUAGUGUGCAGGUUGGAGAAUAUACAUGCUCUGCCAAACUGACUGUGGAAGCCCAGUCUUUGUUGAUGGUCCGGGAGCUGAGAGAUGUGGAGGUCCCGGCCAACGAGGAGGCCUGCUUUGAGUGCGAGGUCUCAUCCCCUGUCCUUAGAUCCCCGGUUUGGAGUCUGAAUGGGGAGCCCCUGCAGCCAAGCUCUCGGAUACGCCUGGAGAAGAUGGGAACGGUGCACAGGCUGACCCUCCGCCAAACCACCCCUGACAUGAGCGGUGUGGUGGAGUUUGUAUCCGGGAAAGCAAAAAGUCAAGCUCAGCUUCGGGUAGUGGGGAAUCCCUGACAGAAAGGCCGAAACUGCAGUCCUCUAAUAUAUUGAUAUGCCUGCUCUAAUAAUGUACCAUUGAUGUUUAUUGUUUGAAAGCGGUGAAAAAGAAGCUUAAAAUAGGCAUGGUUGAUUGUUCAAAGUGAAUCUUUUGUUAAUGUAGAAGCUGAAAAAAAACCUGUAAAUACUGCUGUUUGUUGGAGUGAUUUAACUGCAACUGGUUUAAGUCUAACAAAAAAAAUUUAUAUUCAAUAAACAGCUAGAUGACUGGGAUAAUUAAAGACAUGUUUGUGGUUUGGUUCAUGUGAUCCAGGAAAGAUAAAUGAUGUUUAAAAUGUACUAACUGCACCUCUAAAUAAUGUCAAGAAAAAAAAAAAAUCUUAUUGUGAAUAAUUAUAUAGUUUAGAGCUAACAGCUAUUUAGAAUGAAACUAAGAGAUGAAAAAUAAGAAACAAGUUAAGAGCAUUUAUUUGUGAAGUAAGGUAAAAAUAGGAACAAAGUACUAAUUAGAAAGAUAGAACACUCCUUGGGUAAGAGUAGCAAUGCUAAAGCUAUGGUUCAUAUAAGAAUGACAUAAUUUUUACUUGUCAAAAUAUGGAAAUAUAAUAUUUAUAUGAUAUUUUUUGUUCUGUAUUAAAGUCCCAAAGGUAAAUUAAAUGUUUUUUUCUGAAGAGUCAUUAUAGAUUGAACGUUCUAUUCGAUGGCUGAAUGGACUAUGUAUUUCUGUAUAUACGUUUUGACUUUUCCUUUUUGUAAAGUGCUUUAAGUAAAACAUUUGUUGUGUUAGUUUCUGUGCUGCUUAAAUAAACUGGAAUUGAAUUGA